GUACACGUACACUAAAUUUGGAAAGUAAUUGUAUUUGUAUUGUAAUGGAAUACCCUUCUUUCUCUCUUUCUCUCUCUACCUUACAAACCAAACAUAAUUAUAAGGAAACAGAGAAGAUAUGGACUCCUGUGAUCCAUUUCUUCCUUCUUUUUCUGGAAAUAUCCUUUCUUCCCACUUUUUUUUCCUUCAAAUUUAACCAAGUUUUUUCUCUUGUUUAUCUCAUCUCUCAACUUCCUGCUUUUCUCUGAUCACUGAAGAAAGAAAAACAAACAAAGAAAGAAAAAGGGGGAGAAAUGGGUCAUUGGUCAUCAAUGUUUAAUGGGUUAGCAAGGUCAUUUUCUAUCAAAAAAGUAAAGAAUUCAUGUAACGGAGAUGUUGGUAAGGAAGCUGUUGAGUCAAUGGCAAAGGAUGCAAAGAAGAAUGAAUUAAUUUUAAGGUCUUCUGGCAUUGUUAAUGUUGAUGGGUCCAAAAAUUUUGCCUCAGUUUUUAUGAGGAAGGGUCAAAAAGGUGUUAAUCAAGAUUGUUGCAUAGUUUGGGAGGAGUUUGGAUGUCAACCAGACAUGAUUUUUUGUGGCAUUUUUGAUGGGCAUGGUCCUUGGGGUCAUUUUGUUGCAAAAACAGUAAGGGAAUCAAUGCCAUCAUCCUUAUUAUGCAACUGGCAAGAAACACUUGCUCAACUGGUGGUAGAUCCCGAUUUCGACCUAGAGGUAGAUAAAAAGAUGAAUUGGUUCAAUAUUUGGAAGCAUUCCUACUUAAAGGCUUGUGCUACUAUUGAUCAAGAGCUUGAGCAACACAGAAGAAUUGAUGCGUUUUACAGUGGAACGACUGCUCUUUCGAUUGUCAGACAGGGUGAAAGAAUUAUCAUUGCUAAUGUUGGCGACUCGCGAGCUGUACUGGCUACUACUUCCGAAGACGGUGACUUGGUUGCUCUGCAGCUUACUAUUGACUUUAAGCCCAAUUUGCCUCAGGAACAUGAACGGAUAAUGCAAUGCAAUGGACGAGUAUUUUGUUUACACGAUGAACCCGGAGUCCAUAGGUUGUGGCUACCGGAUGAGGAAGUGCCGGGGCUAGCAAUGUCUAGAGCUUUUGGGGAUUAUUGCAUUAAGGAUUUUGGCCUUAUCUCUCUGCCUGAGGUGACUCAGAGGAAUAUUACCAACCAGGACCAGUUCAUUCUGCUGGCUACUGAUGGGGUAUGGGAUGUGGUUUCGAAUCAAGAGGCGGUAAAUAUUGUAUCUUUAACUCCAAAUAGAGGCAAAGCUGCUAAGCGAUUGGUUGAUCAUGCUGCUCGAGCAUGGAAGAAAAGGCGACAAGGAAUUGCAAUGGAUGAUAUCUCGGCAAUUUGUCUCUUUUUUCACUCCCCCUCAUCUUCUACUCACGAACACCUAUCUGAACCUGAUGUAUUUACUGAAAUAGAAUAAGAUAAGUCGGUAAAAGCUGUAAAAGAUCACACAGCUUGUUUUUUAGGCUGUGCUUGGUCGGUAUAAUAUGUGAUUUAUGUGAAAGUGAAAUUCUCUUAUGUGCUCCUUUCCUCCUUGUGCAUUUCUUUUGUCCCAUAGCUUCAAGUAUUCGAUUAUGUCUUUAUUUAUAUUUUUUAUUAUAGGGAAAGGGAUGAACAAAGUGAGAUUUCUUGAAAAAAAGGUAUUUAGGAGCUAGGCAAAGAGGAAAUGAAUGCGAUGUGAUCUUACAAGUUAAAAGAAUAUGCAACAAAAAUCCCUUCUUUUGCACAACACUAAAG